CCAAUCUUCAUUGAGCUCAAGAGGCUAUUGGAGAGCAAGAACAGUCCUCUUACAGGUUCGCUCAUGGACUGCCUCCGUGUCCUCCUCAAAGACUACAAGAACGAGAUUGAAGAAAUGCUCGUCGCUGACAAACAGCUUCAGAAAGAGCUUAUUUACGAUAUGCAGAAGCACGAGGCUGCAAAGGCAAGGUCCAUGGCUAACCAAGGGGUUGCCUGUGGGACGAGUCGUGGAAACGGUGAACCUGAAGAACCAGCAACAAGCGAGAAUGUUAGAGAUUCGGGAUUGGAAUCGAGAGUG